GAUGCAUGUCACGGACCAUGCACCGGUGCUCCAAAGUUCAGCGUAAUCGAAUCCGCCCAAUCAAUGUUGAGGGAAAGAAGGGAUACCUCCAAGCCAUUUUUCAUUCCGUCCAGUCAGAUUCUAUUUUACAUACUUAUCUUCAUUAUCGGCCCCAAUUCUCCACCAAGCACACAUGUCCUGUGCUCACAACAACAUAUCCUUUCAAAAGGGAAAGGGGGAUACCUAGUCAAUUGUACAACUGAAUGCCUUCAACUGAAAUGUGUCUUCCACAUUUAACCCAAAUCCUCUGAAUCAAAGAGGUGUGGGGGGCUGCCUUAAUCGACAUCCAGGUCAUCGGUGCCCGGGGAACAGUACCUUUACCUUGUCAGCUCGAGGAUUCCAUCCUUUCGGUUACUGGCCCAACGCUCUAACCACUAGGCUACCUGUCGGAAAGGCUAUAAUGAUAUAGCCUAAUGGCUUUGCUAUUCACAUAUCUGCACCAGUGAGCUGCUCCUGCUUGCGCUGAACAAAGAUAAUUACUCAGGAAACCCUUCGGCCAAUCGGAUGCGGUCUUACAUCCCGCCUGUGACAAAGGGGCCAGUCAGGGCCUGGCUACCAUCAAACAGGCCUGAUCGCCUUGCCUGAAGAACGGAGCCUUCCCCGGCUGAGAGUGUCCUCCAUGUUUUAUAAGUGUUGCCAUAACAGUGUGUCAGGCAGCCAUGCAUCCACAGAGUCUGGCUGAGGACGAGGUACAGACGGAGUCGGAUGUGGUAGAGGGGAUGGAUGUGGCACUGCGAUCCAAAGUGUCUGACCCCGGGUCAGCAGAGCGGGUGCUGGCGACUCAGAAGAGGAAGGUGUCCAGCCCAACCCACUCCUCCAACGGCCACUACCCCUCAGACACCUCCCCCAGCCCCUUGAAGAAGAAGAAGAAACCUGGAGCCGUCCACAGCAACAACAAAGACCAGUCAGAACUAAGACAUGGUCCCUUUUACUAUGUGAAGCAGUCAUCACUCACCACAGACCCUGUUGAUGUUGUCCCGCAGGACAGCAGGAAUGACUUCUACUGCUGGCUGUGCCACCGCGAGGGCCAGGUGCUCUGCUGUGAGCUCUGCCCGAGGGUGUACCACGCCAAGUGCCUCAAACUGCCAGCAGAGCCCGAGGGUGACUGGUUCUGUCCAGAGUGUGAGAAAAUCACAGUAGCAGAGUGCAUAGAGACACAGAGCAAGGCCAUGACUAUGCUAACGAUAGACCAGCUGUCCUACCUGCUGAAGUUUGCCCUCCAGAAGAUGAAACAGCCGGGGACUGAGCCCUUCUGGAAGCCUGUGGCUCUGGAGCAGCACCCUGACUAUGCUGAGUACAUAUACCACCCAAUGGACCUCGCAACACUAGAGAAGAAUAUGAAAAAGAAAAUGUAUGGCUGCACAGAAUCCUUUUUGGCUGACAUGAAAUGGAUCUUACACAACUGCAUCAUCUACAAUGGAGGAAAUCACAAACUAACAGCAACAGCAAAGGUUGUUGUGAAGAUCUGUGAACAUGAAGUGAAUGAAAUUGAGGUCUGUCCGGAGUGCUACCUGUCCUCGUGCCAAAAGAGGGACAACUGGUUUUGCGAGCCAUGUGGUCACCCACACCCCCUGGUAUGGGCAAAGUUGAAGGGCUUCCCCUUCUGGCCAGCCAAAGCACUACGGGAGAAGGAUGGACAGGUGGACGCACGCUUCUUCGGACAGCAUGACCGGGCGUGGGUUCCCAUUAACAAUUGCUACCUCAUUUCCAAGGAGAUUCCCUUCUCUGUGAAGAAGACCAAGAGCAUCUUCAACAGCGCCAUGCAGGAGAUGGAGGUCUAUGUGGAGAACAUCCGCAAGAAGUUUGGGGUGUUCAACUACGCCCCCUUCCGCACCCCCUACACGCCCAACAACCAGCUUCAAAUGCUGCUGGACCCAGCCAACCCCGACGCAGGGACCGUGAAGACGGAGAAACCUGACAAGAUGCGCUUCAACUUCGACAUGACCGCAUCUCCCAAGAUGCUCUUGGGCAAGAGCUCUCUGUCGAGCGGGAUGGGGCGGAGGAUCUCUCUCACGGACAUGCCUCGCUCUCCCAUGAGCACCAACUCGUCUGUACACACAGGUUCUGACGUGGAGCCGGAUGGGAUGGAGAGAGGGCCUAGGAACCCCCCAUUCCACUACAGCGCUGGGGAGGAUUCUAUGGACUAUACCGCAUCCCCUGCCUCAGUGAAGAUGGGCCAUGCAGGCAGCAUGACGGGCAGCCCCAAGCCCUUCUCCCCUGGUCUGGUGCCCAAACAGGAGAGGGCCCCAGGCACAGGCAGCAUCCUCAAUCUCAACCUGGAUCGUGUGAAGGCUGAGAUGGACCUGAAGGAGCUCAGUGAGACAGUACAGCAUCAACAACAACAACAGGGGUCAUCACUCCUCCUCACCACCCCCAAGAGACCCAUGAGGAGCCUGGACAAGACCAUCGAGAGCUGCAAGGCCCAACUAGGCAUUGAUGAGAUCUCUGAGGAUGUAUAUAAGGGCGUGGAACACAGUGACUCUGAGGAUUCUGAAAAGUCAGACUCCAGCAACAGCGAGUACCUUAGCGACGAGGAUCACAGACCGAAGAGCGCCGCCCAUGACAACAAGGACAAAGCAGAGAGGGAGUCUAGAAAGAGGCCCAAGGCAAGCACACCGGUAGAGGACAAGGGGGCAGUCACAGGGACCAGGGAUAAAAACAACUCUGAAGCCAUGCUCAAAGACAGACAUGGCAGCAAUGGUCCAGAGAGAGAUUCCCGGGAGAAGCCCACGACUCCCCAGACUCAGCCCCCCACAGACAGGCCCAAGGCCCUAGAGGUGGGUAGGGCAGGCGCACCCCGGGCCCUUGCUGGCCCAGACCAGGACUCCGACUCAGAGAGGGAGCUGGUGAUUGACCUGGGGGAUGAGCAGGGCGGCAGAGACCGUAAGAGAGCCAGGAGGGAGCCAGGGGCUGUAGCCGCUAAGCCCACGAAGGAGCCCCCUGGCACCAAGCUGGAAGGUAAAUUCCCCACCGUAUUGACCCCCCCUCUAGCCUCCGCCACCUUGUCCAACCCCAAAGACCCCAGUCAGCCCCUCAUCAACCCCACACUCAACCUGUCCUCUAGCCAGCCCAACACGGCCUUCACCACCCCCCCUGCAGCUCCCACCCCAGCCACCACCCUCUCCUCCACAGCUGCCUCAGCCCAGUCGGCAGCGAAGAAACAGCGCCCCCUGCUGCCCAAAGAGACAGCUCAGGCAGUGCAGAGGGCAGUGGUGUGGAACCCCGCCAACAAGUUCCAGACGUCCUCCCAGAAGUGGCCCAUGCAGCAGGAGGAGCAGCCGGCUGGACCAAACCAGACACAGGUUCCAGUUCCUGUCCAGGCUCCGACGCAGGCACAGACACGCAGCCCACAGCAGGUCCAGUCACAGCAGCAGUUGCAGGCAUCCUCCAGUACACGUUACCAGACCAGACAGGCAGCAAAAGCCGUGCAGCCUAAAGAUGGUCCCCAGACCUCAACCUCAUCAGUUACCUUGGUCACCUCUGGUGCCUCCUCCACCUCUUCCUCCUCUUACCUGGCAGGAGACUUCCAGAUCCCCACAGCUUCAGCAGAUGUGGCAGCUGACAUCGCAAAGUACACCAGCAAAAUGAUGGACACGAUUAAAGGGACGAUGACAGAAAUCUACAACGACCUUUCCAAAAGCACUUCAGGAAACACAAUUGCAGAGAUCCGGCGGCUGAGGAUAGAGAUAGAGAAGCUUCAGUGGCUACAUCAGCAAGAGCUGUCGGAGAUGAAACACAAUCUUGAGCUGACUAUGGCAGAGAUGAGGCAGAGUCUAGAGCAGGAGAGGGAGCGUCUGGUGGCGGAGGUGAAGAAGCAGAUGGAGGUGGAGAAACUGCAGGCAGUGGAUGAGACCAAGAAGAAGCAGUGGUGUGCGAACUGCAGGAAGGAGGCCAUCUUCUACUGCUGCUGGAACACCAGCUACUGUGACUACCCCUGCCAGCAAGCCCACUGGCCAGAACACAUGAAGUCCUGCACACAGUCAGCAACAGCUUCUCAACAGGAACCAGAGGUGGAGUCAACCUCUGACCCCUCAGCCAAACCACCAGGUCCCUCUUCCAGCGACCAGCCCCCCUCUGGUACAGCAUUUGCCCCCACAGACAAAGGCUCCUCUCCUACCUGCAGCGUGGACAAGUGCAAGGACAGGGCCUCUGUUACUGUGCCCUAACCACUACACUGCACUCACACAUUUUUACUCUACAAUCCUACAUUCUGUUAAAUGUAUGUAUCUGUCGGAAAGGGACUAGAGGAUAUGUACAAUAGACCAAAUAUCUCUGCGACCAACUAAUCUGGGAAUGUCGAGCAAAUCUCAGUAUGACCACAGAGGCAAUUAAACCACCAAACACCCUCAACCUCUCCUAGUCAGGCUCAGGGCUUUUAAAUGCCAUGGACACUCUUUGCAUGAAGGCCUGCUCCUCUGUGAUUCAGCUGACUUGUCUCGAUUUGUUUAAUGUCUGCUUCGUGAUCUGAUAUUUCAAGCCAUCUUUCAUCCUCCUCAAAGUCUGUGCCCUAGACUGAAGGAGUUACUUACCUUGUCCUUGUGACUGUAUUUCAUCUGGAUGUAAUACAUUUUCAUUACCUCUCACCUCCUUUCAUCCCCAUUUGAUGUCCCUCUCACCACCUACCUUAACGAUAUAGGUAUCUACAGGAGAGCCCAUCAAAAUGUCAGACAUCAAAGUUUUCUGUAUUCUGACAGCACUCUUAAAGGAAAACUCCACCCCAAAACUAUCUUCUGGUAUUUGUUUCAUUAGCCCAUGGUUUAUAUAGUCCCAAAAUGUUUUGCAUGUCAGCAAUCAAGUUUAAGAUAUGUAAAUCUUAAAAUACAGAAAUACAGCCAGUAUGAUGCUGCGUAUUGCAUCAUUUGGGUGGAAUUUUCCUUUAGACAAUCUUAAACUGUGAUGCUGCUCUUUAAAAUAUAAAUUUAACAUUUAACAUUUAAGUCAUUUAGCAGACGCUCUGAUCCAGAGCGACUUACAAAUUGGUGCAUUCACCUUAUGACAUCCAGUGGAACAGCCACUUUACAAUAGUGCAUCUAAAUCUUUUAGGGGGGUGAGAAGGAUUACUUAUCCUAUCCUAGGUAUUCCUAGGUAUUCCCCAAGUCUUUAAAGUUAUUUGCCAACGGAAGUGAAACGGCACAUUAUUGUGCCAGCCAUUUUUGGGACAUCCAACAGAUUUAAAAUGUAAAUUCUACAUUGUCAAUACAGUUUAAAAUAUUUCAUAAUUUAGUAAAUUGUCAUUAAGUUAUCAAACCCUCCCCCUGUGUGUGCAUUAUUGGUUCAUACUCAUAUUAUAUAGUAAUUCAGUGUUUACAUAGAAUUUAACCAACUGUGAUGUAUAAAAAAAAAAAACAUAAUGGCUAAAACUGUACAAUGUUUUUGUAAGAAGACACAUGGACAAUAUUUAUAGUGCUACAACAAGCAUAUGAGGUUCUCUUUUUUUAUAUCACUGUUUGUGAAUGUUCAAAAUGUCUUGAAACAGCUCGACUCUGGAAAACAGUUGUAUUUGAAAAUGCAUUAUAAGACUUCCUAUGAAUGUCACUAGGACCCUCUGUUCAGACUCUGUCAGAUCUAUUUCUCGCGUCUACCUUCGUUGUUGUGGUUACUUCGGACUAUGAUAAAGCGUGUUGGAGGGUAAAGGAAACUCAAAGUUAUUAUUAUACUGAGCAUGUUUAUUUGUCCCCUUUUUUUGUCUCACGUGCUCUUGUUUACAUAUUGUACAUACAUUAAAUGGAUUGUUAAUGUCUUAAAGAAAACAAUUAAAACGGGUCUGACCAA